AUGUUGCUCUCUGGCUUGUUGCCCUCGGUCCUGGCAAGCGUUUGCAGCAACGCAACUCAAUCUGCGCCUCACGCCCGCACAUCCAAAGGUCUGGUCAAGGGAUACCAUGACGCAAGUUGCAACUCGGUAUUCCUAGGCAUCCCAUUUGCUGCCACAACAGCUGGCGAAAACCGAUGGAGGGCGCCGCAAGAUGUGCCAAAGUCCAACACGACGGUGAUCGCAACCUCCUAUGGUCCUACUUGCCCUCAAGCGAUGUCUGGCGCUCUCUACAGCCAGCAAGAUGAGGAUUGCCUCAACCUCAACAUCUGGGCACCCUCUACGGGCGAGAACUUGCCUGUGUUCGUGUACAUGUAUGGAGGCGCAAUGGUCACUGGUUCCAGCAGCAAUCCUCAACUUCAAGGGUCCAACUUUGCCCGCAACGGUGUAAUAUACGUCAACUUCAACACCCGCGAGAGUAUCUAUGCCUCGCCGCACUCGUCAGAACUCGGCUCAGCGUCUCCCGGGGAAUCACAAAACUUCAGUAUAUUGGACGUCGAAAUGGCACUCGACUGGGUCCGUGAUAACAUCCAUGCGUUCGGAGGCAACCCCAAUCAUGUUGUAUUCGGUGGUCAUUCGUCCGGAGCCGUGCAGGUCGAUCACUACCUCUGGAAUCACCCAGAUUCGUGGCUCAAGGGAGCAGUGCAGAUGAGCGCAAAUGCCAUGUCCGGGCCGGCAUACGCGCCAGUCGAUCAAGCACUCGAUGCCGUAGCAGCUGAGGUUGGCUGUCCGAAGGCAGGGGAUAACCAAGUCGAGUGCCUGCGCAGCGUCGACUCGUACGCUUUCCAGACAGCUGACUUCAACUCAACCUUCAACACGUGGUUCACUCCCGUCAUUGAUAACCUUACAAGGCAAUCUGAUUAUGCUGCAAGGUUUGCGGCCGGCCAGUAUGCAUCACACGUGCCCCUCCUUACGGGGACUUCUGAUGGUGAGGGCACCAUCUUUAGCCUGGUGUAUGGUGCCGAAAACAGCAACUUCAGCUCUUGGAUCAACACUUUCGAUGCGGAUAGUGCACACAUUGAAGACGACGUCCUACUGUUAGCGUAUAAUGCUUCUGAUUAUGAGACAGAGUCCCUCAGAAGUGGUACCCAGUAUGGCGACGCCCGUUUCAACUGCGCCGUCGACUAUCUUCUUGACCUGCGCAGUGCCAAGCAAGACACCUGGGUCUAUAGGUUCUUCGGAGCAUACGACAACGUGGUUGGGGUUCCGGGCACGGCACCCACACACGGAACCGAGGUGCCCUUCUUCCAUGGUGGCAACGAGUGCUUCGAUUCACUUACGGGCGUAACUGAGGCACAGCAGGCGCUGGCUGAUUCCAUCCAUAGUUGGUUCGUGGACUGGAUCAAGAACCCGACUGCCGGGCCUGGAUGGGCCAAGGGGUCGCCUCAGUCUGGGCCUUUGGUCAAGCUUGGAGUCCCUGGAGACGAGUUGUCUGCCAUUAAGGGGUCAACCGGCGAUUUCAAUGCUCGCUGCAAGUCGGUCUACGCACCUGCGUUUUCCAAGUACCCGGUCAUUCAGUCUCCUCUUUAA